CAGUCAGAACGGACGGCGAGCAACGGACAGACGGGAAGGAAGAAGGCGAUCGAGAAGCUGAGCUCGCGGCAGCAAAGUUCCAGAAAGAAGCUGGAUUGAAAUAAAGACUUACCAAAGCACAACUGGGCAUACUUAUUAAGUGGAAGUUGACAACAAAAGGAAAACUGGAAAUCAGAGAAAAAAAACAGGAAACUGAAAAUUGAGGAAAAGUACUACUUCUAAGGGAAAGUACAACAAACCAUGGGUAAAUCAUUCUCUCAUUUACCUACUUUCUCAAGACAAGGCAAGAAAGAAGAUGCAGAGUCUAUUGUGACAGAGACAGAUAGAAAAUCUGUAGAAAACACAGAUGAAGUACAGGGCAACAAUGGAGAGGCCAGUUCUCAUGUUCCUUAUGUAGAGUUUGUGGGAAGAGAAAAUGUCACAUGUCCCACAUGUCAAGGGACUGGCAGAAUACCAAGAGGCCAGGAGAAUGAGUUGGUUGCCCUAAUACCAUACAGUGACCAGAGACUGCAACCACAACGAACGAAGCUGUAUGUGGCAGUUGCUGUGAUCAUCAGCCUUUUGAUCAGUGGGCUUGCAAUCUUUUUCCUUUUCCCACGUUCCAUUGAUGUUGAACAUGUUGGUAUUAAGUCAGCCUAUGUCAUUGAUGACAAGAAGGAUUACAGAGUUAUUCUUAAAAUUACGAAUAUACUAAACGUAACAAACUACAACUUCUACAGCAUCAGUAUUACUGAUCUCAAUGUACAGAUUGUGUUUUUUAAUGAGGUCCUUGGAACUGUCAACAUCAAAAAUACGACGGUCUUCAGGCCUUUGGGAGGUGGCCAGAUUUUCUAUGCAGUCACUGCUACACUAGAUGAUCCCGGCAUGUACCAUUAUUGCACAAUGCCUGAAAUCAAAGUCCACAAUAUUGUGAUCUCAAUACAAGCAACGGUAACAGCCUGGUAUUUGUCACACUCUGAGCAAGUCUCUGUUGAUGCUUACCAAUACGUUGAUUGUGGCUCCAAUACCACCCAUCUUCAUAGCCCCUAUUACCCUCCCCAGAGCAAACAGUUGCAAGAGAUUGUCAGUUAAUGCAAAUAAUGUUACUGUACUUUCACUAAAGGCUUACAGCAUGGCACAAAUACAUCCUCCUCUGUGCGUAGAUUAUGUGCUUCUGAUCUGACGAGAAACUCCAUCAGCCAGUUCUGUACCCGCCUGCUUGAUUAUUUAAUAGUACCCUGUGUAAUAAUGUAACACUUCUAAGAGGAGUAAAUGAACUUGGCAUGUUGAGUGUAUAAUGGUGAUUUGAUAAUCUGACAGUUCCAGGUAAAACAAAUUCUGCUGAAUUGCUGAAGCUAAGCUAUAACUUAGGUCUAACUAGGAAGUAAACCAAGACAAUUAUCAUCCAAGUUACUUAAUUUUAGAUAUGGCAUUCAUGCUUAUAAUGUUGUCCAAAUUUAAGUGUGUGUCUUAAGUAAGACCUCUCGUUUUCUGUCUCCCAUUAGAAGUGAUAAGAACAUCUUAAAAGAUCAUUAUGUCAUCCCUCUGGAUAAUAUUUGGGAGAUUCAUUUACAUUUGUAGAGCAUGAAGAUUGACACAUCUGAAAAAAGUGCAAAACUGUCAAAGUAUUUCAAUUAUAGAAAAACAGGAUGUAUGGAAUGAUAAAAUGUGUAAAAAUAAUUAACCAAGCAAUACUGGAGUAAGUGACACCAGUAUUUUAUUAGAAAGCCAUUUCAGCCUGUAAAGUCUAUGCUAGUUCACAAAAUAUUCUCAUUCGCCACUAAUUUUCUCUGCAACCAUAUUCUCAUCAACUUCCCCCAGACUCCUGCGAUCACCCGUACAUUUAAAAUGGCUAAUUAGCCUAUCAACUCUCCUGUCUUUUGGAUGGGAAGAAACUUGGGUAUCAGAGAGAGUGCAUAUGGUCACAGCAGAAUGUGUGUACUCUGUUUUAAAAAAAACAGCACUGGAGAUCUGGACUGAACCCAGGUCACUGGAGUUGUGAGAGAACAACUCUGCUAGCUAUGCCACUGGAUUCCUGAAGUUGUUUAGUGCCUUCCAGUAAGCUACCUGUUACAGUUUCAUCACUGAUUUGAUUCCAGAAAUAAAAAUAACUAAUCUUAAUAUACUUUAAAAUAUCCAAUUGAAAUUCCUCAUGGUUCAGCAGACAAAUCUGUUGUGGUUUGUACUUCUGAUUAUGCAAGCUGGUUCCAGGUGUAGUACCUGGCCUCUAUUUAUUUGGAUAAUAUUAGACUGGAACAAGGAGGGAAAAGAUGGCAACAUUCUUUGUUUAGGACAGGAAAUGUAGGCCAAGAAGCUUGCUGUGAUUGCUAAGUAACAACCUGUCUCAAAGUGCAUUUGUGUGAAUAUUACAGAAUAAUAGAAAUUCAUUGCAAUGUGGUAGCUCAUUUUGCCUUUCUGACUGAUAACAAGCUACUCCUGUUAUUGCUUCAUCACCUUGUGUGAUAUUUUUUCAGCACUUUUCAUAGAUUUUUCAUAGAUAUAUGAAAAUAAUUUCUUCUACCUUAAAUCCAUGUCUCCUUGUUUUGACCUUCCUGUUAAAAGAAGUGAAUAUUUCAUCCUAGCCAAAUCUCUUGUAAUUUUACAUCUUCAUUAAAUCAAUUAUCAGCCUCCUCUAUUCUGAAAGAAUCAAUUUCAGUGUAUCCAAUCUUACCUCCUAAACCUAAACGCUAUGACAUCUUUCUCACAAAUCUGUUCUAUACCCUGUCCUAUACUAUUGUAUCCUUCUCGUAAAGUGACUAAACUGAAUGCCACUCUCAAUAUUUGUUUUAGUGUCUUGUACAGUUCCAGCACUGUCUUCCUGCAGGCACUGAUUGGCCCUCAUGCUCCCCAUUGUAGAAUAGUUUGUGGGAUAUUUGAAUGAGCACGAUGCUUGGUGGAACUACAUCACCGUACAAAGCAACCAGUUUAGCAAAGGAGGGAAAAAUAUUGCCAGCCAUUUUAUACACUUGAUUCAGGAAAUGUUCCCAGCCAAGAACACUAACCUCUUUUUUUUGUGUACUACUAUUCUUGGUGGGUAUUGGUAUUUGGGUUUUUAUCAGAUAUCGAAUACAAAUAGAGUUAUUUCAAUAUUUUUAGAUGAAUUACUAUAUUAAGGAGAUAAUUCAAGUUGUUAGUUAAAUAAUCUAUCUAAUGCUCCAUUUUUAUUAUUAUUAAUUCAUGGCAGUGCCAUCUCUAAAUUGACCCUGAAGUGAGGAGGCAAUUAAUAGACAACCACAUUGGUGGGUCUGGAGUUACACGUGCACGGUCAGAUGGGGAAGACAAAUUUUUUCCUCUGAAUGAUGUGUGGCUUUUUCUGGAAGUGUUCUAGUAUUAUUAUUAUUAUCAUCAUUACAGAGAUGAUUUUUUGCUUAGUUCAAGAUUUAAAUUUGCUGAAAUUUAAAUUCUUGCGGCGUACUGAGUAAGGUGGUGUAACAGUUGGAGACAGCUAGAUGUGCAUCUAGCACAUCCCUUUGGGUGUAUGGAGUUCCUGUGUAACUGCAUUCCAUCGCUAAUACUGUCACCGUCUAAUUCAUGCUGAGUGGAGUGGGUCAUUUCAAGUCCUUUUAAUCAAAGAAAAAACAUUUAGUAGGAUAUCAUUCUUUUCUCAAACCAUCCUGUGGAAAUCCUAACACAUAUUUUGCCUUAUUCAAUUUUGAUUGAUGGAUUUAGGAAGCUCAUCAUUCCUGUGAGGCCUUUCUUUGCCUUGUUGCAUUGGGUUGGUGCUGAAGAGAAACAGUUUUUAAAAACACACUUGGUUACUUCAGUUAGGAAGUAACUGGAUUGCAUUCAACUAAUAUCAAAUUAUCCCUUAUAUGAUGCCCAUGAGCUUCUAUCUGGUGAUUUUAAUGGAUCAAAAAUGCUGGGCUCAUCUGAUCUGUCCUAACAAUAUAUAGAGUACAAGUCUUCUGCUUAAGGUUCUAUCUAAUACAUUUUUUAUAAUCAAGCCUAAAAAAAGUUUGGACAGAGAAGAGAGUAAGCUCCUGUUUUUUUUUCUCAGUCUGAGAGAAUUCAUUUAUUAUUUUCCCAAAGGGAUAGGUGAAAGGAAUAAUUUAUUAUCACUUUUAUGAAGUCGAUACACCUAGUAACAAGGAGAUUUUAGUGUUUUGAUGCAUAGCAUGCUCAUUCAAUUUUUGAAGAAUUAAAUAUGAAGGUACACGUGUAUUUAGAAAUUCUUCUUUAUUUAAAAGUAUUAUCACUUUUGUUUCUGUCACUGUAUACAUGGGGUAUGAAGCAGGAACAUCUUAUUUACAGUAAAUGGCUUUUAAGUUAUUCUGAUACCAUCCAUAAUAAUAAUUCAAAGGCCAAAAGUUAAAAUCUUAAAAGUAUCUACCACAACAAUUUCUUUCUUCAUUUGUCUCUUCAUCUUGUUCCAUUUGUUAAGAAUUGCUUAUGUGUAGUAAAUGUAUUUAGUACUCAUUGAAGUGACAAACUGUGCUGUAACUUAUUGAUUUGGUAUUCCUGUAAGUGUAUAUAAUUAUGCCUGACACUACAGAAAUGAGCAUGAGGUUGAAAAGGAGUGUACAUUUGAACGGUGCUAGACAUGCAGCAGAACAUCAAAUUAUUUGAAUUUUGAGCCUUGGUGAGUCAAUGUAAGUGAUACAAAAAUAGUGAGUAAAUUAUUUAUAGAUACUCAGUAAAUUCAUGGCCUUUUUGUUUUACUAACCCUUGCAGCCCAAGAAGGUAACAGAUUCAGCUUCCAGUGUACAUUUGACUGAACUUGUGCAGCUGGCUUCAGCAUCCUUGAUGUCAGAAAAUGCUGCCAUUGUACUGCUGUUUCUAAUUACAAUCUAUCAACUCCUGCUUCUAACUGCAUGAUUUAGAAAGGGAUCAAGGUCAGGGCACUGAUCUGCACAGCUGAUCAAUAUGUCAAGCUCAGAGAUUGAGCAAAAUCCAGUCAAGUUUGUGUAGUUUUCCCUUGUAAGCACCUUCAGGAAAUUAAAAAAAAGAGAAAUGUUUGAGAAAUUGUUUGGAUGCUCAUAUCAACACUGGUAACUGAAGAGCGUUUAACUUGUUAUCUAAAGUAAUUUCAUUUUGCUGUUAUGAGUGUUUUGGAGAGCUGACUAAUAAAAUGUUUUGACAUAACUAUUUUAGUGUUAUACCAUUCCAUUUGUUACAGACAAACUUGUGGCAAUUAAAUUACGGAAGGAGCACAACAUUGCUGUGCAUGUACUUUGAGGUCACACUGUUUCCCAAAUAUAACAAGUUAUGAAAAUCAAACAACAUUGAUGAAUUUGAAAUGUAAUUAUUUUAAAAUGCUGUUUUCUUCAUGUUUUGAAUAUAUUGUGGAAAAUGCCAGAUCAGAGGCAGAGAGUUAAGACUGGAAUUCUGAGAAUUGAAAUUGGUGUUUUUAAUAUAAUUGAAACACCUGGAUUUGAGUGUUAUACAGUGCCUUGUAAAAGUAUUCUGUCCCCCAACUCUUUGAUCACGUAAAUGAGUAUUACAACCAGGAAUUUUGAUCAAUUUAACUGAGAAUUUGUAUUUGUGAAUCAUGUGCUCCUUUUUUCACAGUAAAGCCCAAAAAACAGGGAAAAUUGUAAAGCAUAAAAAACUAAGAAUUUAAAAACUAAAAUGUCAGCAGUUCAGAAGUAUCCAUUACCCUUUGCUCAGUAGUUAGUUGAACCACCUCUCACAGCUAUUAAGGCCAGUAAUCUUUUUGGUUAAGUCUUUAGUAGCUGUCAUGACAUAUGCCAGUGAUAUUAAAUCUGAUUCUGACAACGUAUUCUCAAAAAAUCUCUCUGAAAUUGAUCAAAAUCCCUUGUUGUAAUACUCAUUUAUGUGAACAAAGAUUUGGAGACUGAAUGCUUUUCAAGGCACUGUAGUCCCAUCAAAGAUAUUAAUUACACUGGAUAAUUAAUAAUUUUAAAAAUUCCUUUUAAAGGUGGCCCAGUUAAGCUUGUAUAAUAUGCUGCCACAUUGCAGUUAACAUUUUCAGUUUGUAUAAACAGUAAAAUACAAAAGAUAAUUAAAUACACUAAAUGCUGUUGGUAAAGUAGAAUUUGCUUUAAUCAGCUGCAGUCCAUUAUUUCUCCCACCUAAAAUUUAGACUUAUUAGGAAUAGAACCAUCCAGUCAACUAGAUAACCAAAUCUGGAUUUUCUAUCAUUAUGUGUCUUUGAACUUUGGUGUAAAGAGUAGUAGUACUGAGAACAUGCCUGUGCUUGACACUUUUGCAUAUUGUUACAUUGUCAUUUGAGAAAUGCUGGUCCUAAACUGGGUUUUGCAUCCAUUACAGUGCAAAAUUUAGUGGAAUUUGUCUUCUGUUAUUUACAUUGUUAGAUGAACUCCCACUUUUAAUUGAUACCAUGACAUCAAUGUACUAUUGGUGAUGCCGGGAGCAAGUAACUGUGUGUAACCCCAGUGCCAUUUUACCAUGGUAACUGUUAAAAGUAUGAACUGUUCUGAUCUUAAUUGUACCGUUGAUAUAAGUAUGAAAACUUGAUAUGUGUUAAUUUUUCCCCUGCCUAAACCCAGUGUGUAUAGCAAAAGGCUAAACGGUUAUAUAACUUUUGAAGUCUAAUUUAGCUGUACAACUAUGUUGUUUUAAGUAUAAUGAGUUCUGUAGAAAGUCUUGCAUCUUGUUAUUUUAAAUUGGUACUGGUUUUUGUUUUCAAGUGAAUUGUCUUGCAGACAUAGCUUUGUUGCUGAUUAAAGAAUAAUUGAAGUUCA